AAGUCAUGUAUGUCACAAAUAAGUUUACGUGUACACAGUGCACUUAAAAGGAAAGCUCAUCUGAGUUAACAAUAUUCAAUCAUAUUAUGUCAUGGAAAACUGCCACUUCCCGGUGCCGGACCCCGCUUGGAAACAAGACUACAUUGCUGAGUCAUGCUUGAUUGCUAAUCCUGACCUUCAAAUUGGCCGAUGAGGCCGUAGCACCGGGCGGAUAAGGCCCAUCAGUCCACUAGCUCCGCUGCACUGGUUCGACACGCUGCCCCGCCUGUCUGCACCGCUCCCGCAAACUUUCGCCGCGAUGAUUCUGUACUCGUUCUUCAUGAGCUCGUGCUCGUGGCGUGUGCGAGUCGCUCUGCGUGCAAAAGGAAUCGACUACGAAUAUCGUCCCAUCAACCUCCUGAAAGGUGAACAGCGUGGCGAGGAGUUUCUGAAGGUGAACCCCAUGGGACAAGUCCCCACCUUUAUCGACGGAGACCUGAUGCUCACCCAGUCGAUGGCUAUACUGGAGUAUCUGGAGGAACUCCAGCCCGAGCCAAGUCUUCUGCCGUCCGACCGCUCGCAGCGGGCCAUCGUGCGUCAGAUUUGUGAAAUGAUAAACGCUGGGAUCCAGCCGGUGCAGUCUGGCGCCUACGCGCGACUGGAGGCGAUUGGUGGAGAGGGCGCCGGCCUGGCGUGGGGUCAGGAGGCCAUCGAUAAGGGAUUCACGGCGCUGGAGGGCAUGCUGGCCAAGACAGCCGGAACGCACUGCGUGGGUGACGAGCUGACCCUCGCCGACUGCUGCCUGGUGCCGCAGGUGCUGAACGCCCAGCUGCGGUUCAAGGUGGACACCACCAAGUUUCCAAUCAUCACUCGCCUUCACAACCAUCUCGUAAAGACGCCGGAGUUCGCCGAUACCCACCCGGAGAAGAUGGUGGAUUGUCCUCCUGGUUUUAUGGCCGGUAUCGCGGCUAAAAAUGCAGCGGAGAAGAGGUGAAGGGUGGAGGGGGAGAGAGAUCUGUGGAUGGGGAAUGAUGGGGGGGGGGGGGGGCGCCUGACCAACGGUUUAUGGAAACAGAAGAAGACUGACUGUGACCAUCUGUGACUGACAAUGGACUGAUAAACACGACUGAGAAGCGACAGGUCUGACAAGUGACAGUCAUUGACAUCUGACUGACAUUUUAACAUGUCUGAUGAUGAUGCAUUUUGGUUGAAGAGUGAAACAAUAAUAGCUGAUAUAGCAUGCCAUUGCCGCUCAUUUAAUUUACUGUGGUACUGAGUCGUGUCUGAUUGAGAUUGGAAGUUCGACUCAUGACUGUGCCUGGUGGUGAAUCGUAUUACGGUAGCUUGAAGAUCGAAACUCGAAAAUGACUGAGCAGUGGCGAAUUCCAGCUAAAAUACUCGUGUGGGUGGAAGUUCAAUGUUAGUUUUACGCUAGCUGUGCGAGGAGCAAACAGAUGAGGGUGAAUGAACGCCGAAUUUCUGCCGACACACCAUGAGGCAGCAGUAUGCUGGAGCCUGGAAGCUUUUGUGCAUAUCUGCAAAGUCACGAUCAAAUCUGUGCUGUUCUGACCACGACAGCGGCAGCAUCUGGCUAUUUAUUUGCAUUUUUUUCUAUUGAUAUGUGAACACAGGACGGCAGGCGUUUUUACAGGGAUACAUGACGAUCAUAAUUGCUUCUUUUGUUAAAUAUACUUUUAUACUUUUAAA